CUCGACUGACCGUCGUUGGCACGCCGUCCUUGCGCCUUCUUUUGUUCCUGGUCCUCGAGCGCAACAUCUACGCCAGCUUCUCUCGCCACUACUCCUCGCCACCACGCGCCAACAAUGGACGUCCAGAAAGCCGUCUCCUCCUACCUGACUCGGCUCCUCUCCCCCUCGGCAUCAGGCGGGUCAGGAAUGAAAGUCCUCCUCCUCGACGCGCAUACAACGCCCAUCAUCAGCCUCUCCCUCACCCAAUCCACGCUCCUCUCCCACCAAGUCUACCUCACAGACCGCAUAGACGAUCCCUCGCGACAACGCAUGCGACAUCUCAAGUGUAUCGUCCUGCUGCGCCCCACGCGCGAAUCCAUCCAGUCUCUGUGCGACGAGCUUGCAUGGCCAAAGUAUGCGAGCUACUAUUGUUAUUUCACAAACGUGCUCGCAAAGGGCGAUAUAGAGCGGCUGGCAGAGGCGGAUGAGCAUGAUGUGGUCAAGGAGGUGCAGGAGUACUUUGCCGACUAUCUGCCCGUCAAUCGUGAUCUCUUCGCGCUGGCUCCCUCCCCCUCCCCUUCGCCUGGCUCCUCGGCGGCGUCAACAUCAGAACCACUGGGCCCUUGGGGUGGAUCUCCACACGAAUGGCACCCGGCAGCAUUAGAGAGGCACAUUGCGGGCCUGAUGGCGCUAUUACUCUCGCUCAAGAAGAAGCCAACAAUCCGCUACGAGAGGAUGAGUGGUCUAGCCAAGCGGUUGGGCGAAGAGGUUCACUACCAGGUAACGCAAGGUCAACCUUCCCUCUUCGAUUUCCGUUCUUCUUCUUCCUCCUCCUCCUCCCCUGCCUCGCCACCACCACCACUCCUGCUCAUCCUGGACAGACGCAACGACCCCGUCACUCCACUUCUGAGCCAAUGGACCUACCAAGCCAUGCUUCACCAACUCCUCAGAAUCCACAAUGGCAGGAUCUCCCUCCCGGCCUCCUCCUCCCUUCCCCCCAACCAACGCGAACUAGUCCUCUCAACCAGCGAAGACCCCUUUUUCGCUUCAAACCUCUACGACAAUUACGGGGACCUCGGUGCAAGCAUUAAACGCUACGUCCUCGAUUUCCAGACCAAGACGGCCUCCAGCAAAAGGAUAGAGACCGUCCAGGAUAUGAAGCGAUUUGUAGAGGAGUACCCGGAGUUUCGCAAAUUGGGAGGGAAUGUUUCGAAGCAUGUGACGUUAUUGGGCGAGUUGAGCAGGAUUGUCGAAGGGGAGAAGUUGUUGGAGGUCAGCGAAGUAGAGCAGGGACUGGCGAGUCAGGAGAGUCAUGCGCAGGACCUCAAGACACUCCAAGACCUCCUCCCCCGCACGGACAUAUCUCCCGACUCGAAACUGCGCCUCGUAAUCCUCUACGCGCUGCGCUACCAGAAACAUCCGGCGGCACAGAUCACUUCUCUGGUCUCGUCCCUCCUCACGCAGGGCGUACCCGAAUCCAAGGCCGGGCUCGUAUUCGUCCUACUCAACAUGGCGGGGGCGGAUCAACGGCAGGACGACUUGUUCUCCAACGAAGGCUUCUUCAGUCGAGGGAGGAGUGCCUUGCAGCGUGGGAUCAAAGGAGUGGAGAAUGUCUAUACGCAACAUACACCGCAUUUGAGCAAGGCCGUCGAGGCCUUGAUGAGGGGCAGGUUGAGGGAGACAUCCUACCCUUAUGUGGGGGGAGGGGCUCCACCCGGCGUGGCAGCAGGUGCACCGCAGCCUGUGCCGCAGGAGGUCAUCGUCUUCAUUGUGGGAGGGGCAACGUACGAGGAGGCGAGAUAUGUGCACCAGCUCAACCAACAGGGCGUGAGCGCCUCGGGUGCCGGCAGUGGCACGGGCACAGGCACGGGAACCUCUACACCGACACACCCGGUUGGCGGCGGGCAGACGACGCGCUUUCUUCUUGGCGGGUCGACGAUCCUCAAUUCUUCCUCCUGGCUGGACAUAGUGCAGGACGCGGCCACUCGUUUCGGCCAUAGCAUUGCGCGUCCACCUCCUGCUCCUGCUCACGCCGCCACAACAGGUCAAUCAGCAACGCAGGGUGGGCAGGGGCUUAACCUUCGUAUCGGCCCCGUGCAGCUCAAUGUAGGCGGAGGGCGAGAUGGAAGUGGCAGUGGACAGAAUGGAGGGGCGGCUGGCAUGAGCGGGGUGGACCCGGCGCAACGAUUGGGGGAUGCGGCUCAAGGUGCUGUGGAGAUUGCAGGGGGGUUGUGGGGG